UCUCUGGGCUCCACGGUGCAGUCUCACACCAAGGGAAUCUGGAUGUGGUGUGUGCCUCAUCCUAAGAAGCCAAACCACACCUUAGUUCUGCUUGACACCGAAGGCCUGGGAGAUGUAGAGAAGGGAGACAACCAGAAUGACUCCUGGAUCUUCGCUUUGGCAGUCCUCCUGAGUAGCACCUUUGUCUACAACAGCAUGGGAACCAUCAACCAAAUGGCCAUGGACCAACUGCAUUAUGUAACAGAGCUGACUGAACGAAUCAGGGCAAAAUCCUCACCUGAUAAUGGUAAGGUUGAAGACUCAGCCGACUUUGUGAGCUUCUUUCCAGCCUUUGUGUGGACUCUGAGAGAUUUCUCCCUGGAACUAGAAGUACAUGGAGAACCCAUCACUCCUGAUGAGUAUUUGGAGUUGUCACUGAGACUAAAGAAAGGUACUGAUAAAAAAACUAAAAGCUUUAAUGAACCUCGGUUGUGCAUCCGAAAGUUCUUUCCAAAGAAGAAGUGCUUCAUCUUUGACCGUCCUGCUCCAAGGAAGCAGCUUACCCAGCUGGAGCAGCUACAGGAGGAAGACCUAUACUCUGAGUUCAGAGAACAAGUAGCAGAAUUCUGCUCCUACAUCUUCAGAUAUUCUGAGGCCAAGACUCUCUCAGGCGGCAUCAUAGUCACUGGGCCUCGACUGGAGAACCUGGUGCUGACCUACGUCAAUGCCAUCAGCAGUGGGGAUCUGCCCUGCAUGGAGAAUGCGGUCCUGGCCUUGGCAGAGAUAGAGAACUCAGCCGCUGUGAAAAAGGCCAUUGCCCACUAUGACGAGCAGAUGGCCCAGAAGGUGCAGCUGCCCACAGAAACCCUCCAGGAGCUGCUGGACCUGCACAGGGCCAGUGAGAAAGAGGCCAUUGAAAUCUUCAUGAACAAGUCCUUCAAGGAUGUGGACCAAAAGUUCCAGAAGGAAUUAGCGGAAUGUUUACUAGCAAAACGAGAUGACUUUUGUAAGCUGAAUGUGAAAGCAUCGUCAGAGUGUUGCAUGGCUUUACUUCAGGACAUUUUCAGUUCUCUAGAUGAAGAUGUGAAGGAGGGAAAAUUUUCUAAACCAGGAGGUUAUCAACUCUUUACUCAGAAGCAACAGAAGCUGAAGAAUGAGUACUACAAAGUGCCUAGAAAGGGGGUAGAGGCAGAAGAGACACUGAGGAAAUACUUGGAGUCCAAGGAGUCUGUGGCUGAUGCCAUUCUACAGACUGACCAGUCACUCACAGAAAUGGAAAAGGAGAUUGAAGUGGCACGUAUAAAGGCUGAAUCUGCAGAAGCAGCACAAAAUAUGUUGAAGGAAAUGGAAGAAAAGACUCAGCAGAUGAUGGAAGAGAAGGAAAAGAGUCAUCAGGAACAUUUGAAACAAUUGACUGACAAGAUGGCGCAGGAGAGGGCCCAGUUAAUGGCAGAGCAUGAGAGGGUUCUGAGUCUUAAACUUCAGGAAAAUGAACGGCUUCUCAAGGAGGGAUUACAAGAACAGAGCAGGAAACUUCAAAAAGAGAUAAACGAUUUGGAGAGGAGACGCAGAGAACAAUCCCCAUCAUGUAACAUACUCUAAAAAUCCAAGGAGCAUCAUUUCCUCACCAGCUCCCCUCCCCUCCACUAGGAAAACUUGAAUGAGCAACUUCAGAAUGUCAAACAAUUGCCCCUAAAUUAAAAUGAAAAUCAUGAUGCUUGCAAUGUUAUUGCCAUAAAAUUCACAAAGAUAAAAUAAAGUGCAAAGUUUUCUUUA